GACAGAAAAACAAGACAGCUGUGUGUUAGUACAAUAAGCAGCGACAACUAGGAUCGGUGUUUCACGAAUUGUUCUGCGGUAAUUGAGUACAUUUUUUAUAUAUUUGGAUCCAACAUCUGUAAAAGCAAUGGAGACAAUUACAAAUGUUCUACUCUGCAGCUUUGUCGUGGCUAUUGCUCAAAGUAAGGUGAUUUUAGAGCCGGACAGGCCCUUCUUUAGGGUGCAGGUCUAUCACACAGCUGAGCUGAAAUGCUGCUACAGCCCCAGUAAGAAUUCAGUGAAAUUCAGUUGGAUCAAACAAGCUGCCAAAAGAACCCAGGGCAAAUAUGAAUUCAAGCUUCCAGAACAUGCGUCUCAAGGAAACAUCACAGUCUCUGGCAAAUCGUGCGGCGCCCUAACCUUCGAGCCAGUCCAGCUGAAUGACUCUGGGUUCUACCAGUGUUGGCUGAAAGGCAGCAAAUUCAACCUCUUCUCACAUGGCACCUACCUGCAGGUCUACAAGCCAAUGGAGAAGACAAUAAACCUCAGUGAAAGCACCAAAAACAAGAUCCUGACAGCUGAGGGAUUCUUACUGAUACUGUGUGUGAUUGUGCCCUCUCUUACCCUUCUCUUCAAGUCAAAGAGACUAAAUGAACUGGAGAAGAAGAAAGCGAAGAAGGAAGAGGAAAACAUUUAUCAGGGGCUAAAUCUGGACGAUUGUUGGUCCACAUAUGAUCAGAUUGAACGCUCCCAGGCACAUGGCCCAUACCAGGACGUGGGCAACUUUAAGGAAGAAGAGGAGCAGAUCCAGCUGGAGAAGCCUUGAAGAAAAGUGGAAGGAUAGCGAAAGGGACUUUGAGUUGUGUACAAAGCCUGCGUUUACUGUUUUGCCAUCUGAUAACAUUGUUUAAUUGUUUUUUUUAUUUGAGAUUUAACAUUAAUUUACCACAGCGUCCACUCAGUCAGGAUCAUUGUCAGGAUUAUAGAAAUGUUGAGGUCAGAAGAAGAAUUUAUUUUUGAUACAUUCACCUGUAUCUUUUACAAAUGAUUGGUAUUACAUCAAUGUUGUGUAUUCUUCCAUUUCAAUUCCAACCAAAAAUGGAGUAACUUGUCACUACAACUAGUUACUCCAUAUUCUUGGCUAAAACUAAAUGUUCAGGCCAACAUAGGCGAAAAGUCCUGAAAGAGGUCAGAAAACCCAUUAAUCUUGAAUUGCAUGACAACCGAAUGGGUGGAGCUAUUUUUGUAACAGCUUUUAGCUUUUGUUCAUUAAACACAGCUCUCUUUAAUGCAUUUCUCGAGUCUAACUGAAUGAUUUCACAAUGUAAAUUUCUGAGGUUGCUCCAAGAAUAAAGCUGUCUAAAAAAAGAAA